AUGGGGCUACUACAGAACUACUUGCUGCUGUCCCUGACAUCCACAUCCUUGGCUCUCUCCGCUGCCCGCGACGACAAAGCCUCCGCCGCCCCCUCGAACACCAAUGCCGCACCUCUGUCCCUCCCCGUCUAUCAGGAUGUCCGCAUACAGUCUCUUGAAAAGCUGAGGAGGAGGAGCAAGCGACAGGUCGACAACACCAACGUCCAGAUCAUCAAUGUGACAUCUACCAGCUACCUCAUUGAGCUCGACCUUGGAAGCCCGGCGCAGACGGUCCGCGUCGCUAUCGAUACCGGCUCUUCCGAACUCUGGGUCAACCCGAAUUGCGAGAACGCUGGCAGUUCCUCCCAGGCGCAGAUCUGCGACACCUACGGUCACUACCGUCCCGCCGACUCGGACACAUCGCGCGUCUCCCAGACCCAGAACACCAUCAGUUAUGGAAAGGGCGAUGUUGCGCUUCAGUAUGUGUCGGAUCAGAUCGCGAUCCCGGGAAGUGACAUCAAGCUCGACCAGGUUAUUUUCGGCUACGGACUCGACAGUCAAGACUUGACCAUGGGCAUUCUCGGUCUCAGCUUUGGUGACGGUAUCAACAUGCAAUAUCCCAGCGUGGUCGAUGAGAUGGUCAACCAGAACGUGACCCGUACUCAUGCAUUUGGUGUCGCCCUCGGCACCAAGGAUGAGCCCACCGGCAGCGGCGUUAUCUCGUUUGGCGGCGUCGAUACGAAGAAAUUCAGCGGCGACUUGCACACCAUGCCCAUCCUUGGUCCCCAGAAUGGCGAGCGCCUGAGGAGGUACUGGGUUCAGAUGGACUCCGUUGGCCUCAGUACCCCCGGCUCCGACUCGUCUUCCUACAGGAACUCUUCUCUCCCCGUCUUCUUCGAUACUGGCGCCACCCUAAGCUACCUGCCCUCGGGUCUCAUUGCCGAUAUUGCCAGCGACCUCGGCGGCCGCAUGGACACUUCCGUGAACCUGUACAUCGUUCCAUGUAACAUGGAAGGCAGCAUCGACUUCACCUUUGAUGGCUAUACGGUCAAGGUGCCCCUCGAGGAGUUCAUCUGGGACGUCGGUCAAAACACCUGCGUUCUGGGUGCCGACUCUGCCGAUGACGGUAGCUAUAUUCUCGGCGACUCGUUUCUUCGAUCGGUCUACACCGUCUUCGACAUGGACACGCCCGCCCUACACUUCGCUCCCUAUGUAAACUGCGGCACCAACCUCCAGAUGAUCCCUGCUGGCGCCAACGAGACGCAGAAGUUUACCGGCGAGUGUGACGCCAGCGAGGGCAACACGGGUAGCAGUGGAAACAGCAACAGUGGCGCCGGCAGCAACGGCGGCUCGUCUAACGGCGACAGCGCUGCUGGCCACUUGACGCCGGCUGCUGCUUGGGUUGCUAUGGCCGGUGUCGCCGUCGCCAUGUUCCUCUCGUAG